AUGGCAGAACGAAGACAACCAUUCCGCUUUCGACUACCUUGGUCAACCCCUCGGCGCUCUACUGACAAACAAACACAACGCUCUAGUCCCACAUCAGAAGCUUCACGAGCACCGUCCCAGCCAUCAUCUGUUACCCCUUCACGACAUGUGUCUAAACCUGCUGGGAAAGUCUCUCAGCCUGCUACUUCCCAGCCUCAACCGCCUCAACCACCUCCCAAAGCUGAAGUUCAGUUAUCAACUCCAUCACCAUCUGGUGCCGUCACCAAGUCCCAAAAAGAAACACCUUCUAAACCAACUUCCAAACCUCCAACACCAUUUGGUGCAGCCACUAAGUCCUCAAAAGAAACACCAUCUAAACCCACUGCCAAAUCUCAAACACCAUCUAAACCAACUGUCAAACCUCAAACACCAUCUCGAGCCGCCACAGAGUCCCCAAAAGAAACACCAUCUGUCUCAACUAUCAAACCCCAAACAAUUUCUACACCAAGUGCCAAACUUCAAAUACCAUCUCGUGUAGCCACUGAAUCCCCAAAAGAAACAUCUUUUGCCCCAAAAAGCAAACUUCAAACACCAUCUCAAGCUGCCACAGAGUUCCCAAAAGAAACACCAUAUGUUCCAACUACCAAACCCCAAACUCCUACUCCAAGUGCCAAACUUCAAACACCAUCUCGUGCAGCCACUGAAUCCCCAAAUGAAACUUCUUCUGCCCCAAAAAGCAAACCUCAAACAUCAUCUAGUGUAGCCACCGAAUCCCAAACUAGCAAACCUCAAACCCCAUCUCAUGUAGUCACUGAAUCCCCAAAAGAAACAUCUUCUGCCUCAACAGCCAAACCUUUAACUCUAUCUCAUGCAACUACUGAAUCCCCAAAAGAAACAUCUUCUGCCCUAAUAGGAAAACCUCAAACCCCAUCUCAUACAGUCAUCGAAUCCCUAAAAGAAACAUCAUUUACCCCAACAGGCAAACCUCAAGCACCAUCUCGAGCCACCAUUGAGUCCCCAAAAGAAACACCAUCUGUCCCAACUAUCAAACCCCAAACAUCUUCUACUCCAAGUUCCAAACUUCAAACACCAUCUCAUGUAGUCAUCGAAUCCCAAAAAGAAACAUCAUCUGCCCCAACAAGCAAACACCAAACUCCAUCUCGUGCAGCCAUCGAAUCGUUAAAAGAAAUAUCUUCUACCUCAACAGUCAAACCUCAAACCCCAUCUCGUGAAGUCACUGAAUCCCCAAAAGAAACAUCUUCUGCCCCAACAGGAUCACCUCAAACACCCUCUCGUGCAACCACCGAAGCCCCAAAAGAAACAUCUUCUACCCCAACAGGAAAACCUCAAACCCCAUCUCGUGUAGUCAUUGAAUCCUCAAAAGAAACAUCUUCUACCCCAACAAACAAGCCUCAAAUAACCCCAUCCCGUGCAGUUGUCGAAUCCCCAAAAGAAACAUCUUCUACCCCAACAAGCAAACCUCAAAUACCAUCUCAUAUAGCCACUGAAUCCCCAAAAGAAACAUCUUCUCAAACAGUCAAACCUCAAACACCAUCUCGAGCCACCACUGAGUCCUCAAAAGAAAUACCAUUUGUCGCAACCACCAAACCCCAAACAUCUUCUACUCCAAUAGGCAAACCUCAAACAUCAUCUCCAGCAGCCACUGAGUUCCCAAAAGAAACACCAUCAUCUCCAACUGUCAAACCCCAAAUACCAACUCAUGUAGCCACUGAGUCCCCAAAAGAAAAAUCAUCUCCCAUAGUUAUUGAGUCCAUAAAAGCUACUUCCCAAUCAACUUCUUCACUAUCGGCUGCAAAUACAGAUGUAAAACCUCCAUCACCAUCAAGUGCAGCCACCAAGUCUCCAAAAGUAACACAACCAGCCACAAUUGGUAAGAAUCAAUCCUCAUCGAGUACAACCACUAAGUCCCCAAAAGCCAAUUCCCAACCAGCUUCUUCAACACCUUUUGCAAAUGCAACUGGUAAACCCCAAGCACCUUCUCUCGCAGAAAUCGAGGCCUCAAAAGCUACUUCCCACUCCACCUCUUCACCAUCUAGCGAGACUGCUAUAGCUAAAUCACCAUCUCCAUCUCUUGUAGCAAGUAAAUCCCAGGUCAAUUCCAAACCUGCCUCGCCACCUCAAGUAAAGACUCAAAGUAGCACAACCUCUGUGUUAUCAUCACCUCCACAAGAAGACCUCAAGUCCAAGGCAAGCGUUGUUUCUCCUUCUCAAUCUCAUGGAACUUCUAAAUCUCAACCAGAGUUAGGAAGAUCGUCUCAUUCACAAUCUCUAACUUCUCAGGUUGCCCGAAUAGCUAAUUUGGAAGUUUCUUCUCCAACUGGCAAUGCUGCUCAACAAAAACCAAAGGAUGGCAUUGUAUCUCCAUCUUCAUCUUCGCCUGAGAAAUCGCAAGUCGGAACUCAAGCUCAAUCGUCUCCUUAUGAGCAAGAACCAGAGAAAGAAUCAACAUCUAUGUUGUCACAGUUGGAGCCUGAAUCAAAAGAGAAAAUCACAUCUGAAACUAAAAAGAUAAAGACCCCUCAAGAUGUUCCCGACGCAAAGGAGAAAAAAGAAGUUCUAUUGACUAUGGCAACAUCCAUGCCACUUUCUAAAGAAGUUGUCGAGGAUGCUACCCCACCCCAUAAGUCAGAUUUGAAGCCCCUGGCUGAAUUAGAGAAACUUGAACAAUUGAAGAAAAUAGUUGAACUUCCAAAAGAAGAAAAGACAUAUAUGGCAGUUUAUGAAGAAACAAUCCAGAAAACAAUCAGCGAACUAGUUCCAAUACAAGUUUCCGGAAAAGACACCACGAACAUAUGCAGUGGUGCAUUUCACGAACCAGAAGGGCAACAAAAGCGAGAAACUUCUGACAAAGUGGAGACUAUAGCCACCACCACCAAAACUGAUACGUCAUUACAUCCAACUGAGGGAAACACAAUCACUUCUUUUCAAAAGUCAGUUUCGACCAUAGAGGAAGAAGCUCCUCUACAAAAGGAUAUCAAAGAAGACAUUUCUAGACUUGUUCAAAAGCUCACCACUAGAUCUCAAGUGGAUGAAAAGCCAAUCACUGCCAUCACCUUAACUGGUGAAAAUAGAGGAGCGACAAUGCACAUGAGCUCUAAACCAGCAAAAAAGGAAGUAUCAUAUCAUAUUCAUCAAGGUUAUAAGACUAACCCAGAUAAGAACCUUGAAAAUGAAACCUCAAUUGUUGGAGAAGCAAGCUCAAAAAGAAAGAGGCAUAGAGAUCAAAUGAAAAGAGAAGCUCGUUCACCAAAAGCUUAUGUUAACAACAAUGUACAGAGUGUCAACAACUCCAUCGUCUUCGAUGCUUCAAUCGAAGAAAGGAAUCCGGGUGUUCAGCUAACCUACUCUCAACACACCAAUGACGAGGUAGAUCAAGUAGUCGACUGGUAA